CGCCAAUGCAACGUCUAGCGUUGUUUCCACCGGGGGCACUAGCUCGCUGGUGAGCGUAUCGACGCCUUCGCCUGUUCCUUCAUCGUCUGUGGUUGCGCCGUCGUCGAUUUCCAGCUUUCCGUCUCCUUCUUCCAAUGGACCAUCGUCAACUGUAAACUCCGCCGUGACCACGGCCGCCCCUACUAUCAGUGUCUCGUCCAUCUCUGCGACAAACGCGUCGUCCUCUUCGUCAGCCAAUGCGACGUCCGCCGCCGCUUCGAGCACGCCUGUGCCCACUCAGACACUUGACCCAGAGACACUCGCCGACAUCGCCCUGAUGGGCCAGCGGCGAUUGUCUUUGAUAAUCAGCUUUGUGGAGAGCCCUCAAAAUCUGGCCCCGCCAUCUGGCAUCCCUGCAUGGCUGUCCUCCUUGGGCCCUGAUGGGAAGUGGCCCGACUCUGAAGUAGAUUAUACCACCGGCUGUGAUGCACAACGUGCCAACUGGCCGGCGUACUUCCACUGGAACAGAAUCCUGACCAUAGCGGCCGCUUGGCACGGAGGCUUGGAAGGCGAAGAUCAGUAUGUGAAGGAUCCUGCUGUACAGAGCGCCAUCUCGAAUGCAAUGGACUGGUGGUUCGAACGAGAUUUCACCAACAUCGCUUGCCUGGACAACGGAGGAACCGCUUCGUGCCCCUGUGGCACUCCUGGUUUGUGGAACACCAAUUGGUACUCGAACGUAAUUCUGAUACCCAUGUAUAUGGGGCAAGCGUGUUUGCUCAUGAACGAUACGCUCACCGCCACCCAGCUUAGUAACUGUACCCACAUCAGUACGCGUGGAUACAGCCCGUUCUACCGCAACCCACAACCGGGUUAUGUCUCCGGAGCGAAUAUACUCGACAUGUCGAAGAUCGGGGUAGACAGCGCCCUCCUCACGGGCAAUGCGUCUUUGCUCAGUGACGCGUACUCCCGAGUGCACGCCGAAGUUGUCAUAGAGCAGGCAGUCAAGGCAGAUGGAAUACGUCCUGACGGAUCGUUUGGGCAGCAUGGUGGCCUGUUAUAUAACGGCAACUACGGCAAGGAUUUCUCCAACGAUGUCCUGGCCUUAGAGAUCACGGCCGGCGGUACCCAGUUCGCUGCUAAUUCGACCACCAAAAAUGCGUUCGCGACCCUCAUUGACGGUGACCAGUGGAUGAUCUACCGCAAUGUCUUAACUGGGGUCCUACACUGGGAUUUUAGCACUUUACCUCGGUUCAUCAGUUUCCCUGUCGUCGAUGCUCAAGCGACGGCUCAGAUCAACCUGAAUCUCAGUCAGAUAGGACAGCUCGGCGAGGAGUGGAACUCCACAUCGCUGAUCAAUGUGGACGACAGCCUCUCAAAGAAUACGACCACUGCGAAUGCGGGGACCCUCAUUGGAAAUCGCAUGUUCUACGACAAUGAUUACAUGGUCCACCGAGGAGCGGGUUACGUGACGACACUAAAGAUGUACUCCACCAGGACGGAGAAUACCGAGUGUACUAACUCACAGAACCCCCUAGGAUUUCACUUAUCCGACGGCACAACGUAUACGUAUCUCAGUGGUGACGAAUACGAGGAUAUCGCGGCUGCUUGGGACUGGAACCUUAUCCCAGGGAUCACCGUCGAUUAUGCUGCCACUCCCUUGGCUUGCUCGACUGCUGGCUGGAAGGGUACCCAACCGUUUGUUGGCGGAGUCUCUGAUGGGUUGAUAGGUGCAAGUGCGAUGCGCUUCACAAACCCGGACACGAAGUCUCUUUCCUGGCAGAAAGCUUGGUUCUUCCUGGACGAUGACGUCCAACAUGUCAUGGUUGCGAACAUUCAUUCAACCACCAACUCUUCUAUCUUCUCGGUCUUGGACCAGAAGAAGCACUCCGGCACUAUCUUCAUAAACGGCUUUCCCAUGUUCCAGUCGAACUACUCUAGACCAUUGUCCCUCUGGCAUGACAACGUCGGCUAUGCAUUCGAUAACAGCACGUCCUUCACCCUCUCCGUUGAGGUUGGAGAGAAGACAGGGAACUGGAGCAACAUUGGCACCUCUACACAGCCGCCGGUUACCGUGGAUCUCUUUGCGGCAUGGCUCGAUCACAAAGACCUUACGGUUCCGCUGUCAUAUUCCGUUUACCCCGCUACCAACCUCGUCACGUUCGAGAAGAAGGCUCUGCUCGGCGGAGUUCGCGUUAUCGAGAACAAUGCUCAUACAUCCGCGAUCGUGGACGAUAGACACGAUACUGCCAUGGCAAUAUUCUGGGACGUGGCUGGAGGAAACGUAACCUUUACCUCUCCUUUCCCAUGGGUUGCGCCGGUAACCGUGCAAGCGAGCGGGAACGCUGCGAUCAUCUACCGGAUGGACACAGGGAACAUAACGGUCUCGGACCCGUCACAAAGUCUUCGGACGGUCGAUCUUACGUUUUCGAUUGGGGAAGGAAGGGCCCCUGCGCGAUGGCCGGGCGGUCGCAGCAGGACUCUGUCGUUCAGUCUUCCGACCGGAGGUCUUGCAGGAAACAGCGUUUCGCAGACACUUCACUAAGGCAGACCUGCGAAUCAACUCCAUGGACAUCAUUCACAGACUUUCAGCGAUCCAAGCACUCUCGUUUAUAAUGCUAUAGAUACAUACAUUCUUUACAGUCCCUCCUUGUCUACCAUCGUGUAAUCCUGGUCCUGACAGAACGGAAGUCCGGGAUUAUUGUCAUCCAAAUGCAUGCACGGGUCGCGGUCGAACACGACCUGCAUGGUCUUCCAAUACUCUAGACUGGUGGACACAACAGCAUACAUCUACAGGUUGUGUGAUCGCUUCGUACAACGCCUACGGUAUACUACAGUUUGACUUUCCAGAACCUGACCUCUUCGGUGCUACCCUCUUUAUCAGGCUCCGCAAAGCCCGCCCGUAGAGGUGUCACACUAACGUAGCCGUUGGUGAUCGCCCAUGUGUCCGAGCCUAAGGGUAUGCUGGAAGAAGGCGGCGCGAUGAGGCCAGAUAUGUCGGGGCCCCAUCUGAAGACCAGUUUCCCGACGUCGUGCUCAGCUGCGUCGGCACCCGCACCCGUUGACAGCUUAGCGCCAGGUUCAUCGGGCCCCGCCGGGGGCCCAGAUGGCCCGGGGCCAUCGGUAUGAGCUUUGAAUAGCCGUCCGUAACUCUUCCGCCACAUGUCCGUCCAGCAUAUGGGUAGACCGUCGCCGUCGAGAAGCUCCUUAACCAUGGGCACGUUGAUGGAGUACAGAUCAACCUCUUUCUCUCCAGUGGCUGCAUUGGCGCGCAAGCCGAGGGGAUCGCUUCCCCAGUUGUUCCACAGGUGAUGGAUGAUGCGCAUCGCUAAAUUAUGGGCCGGCUCGCACCAUUCAUCCUGAACUGGUUCCUCCAUAGUACCGUAUGAAAGGGCGAUCGAGCGAGUCUGAGCUAGCGCGGAAGAAAGUGCAGCGCCAAUGGUGCCCGAGGAUAACGAGAAAGCGGAGGACGUGUUGCGCCCAAAGUUAGGGCCCGAGAUGACGAGGUCUAUGUCGCCGUGGUAGAGGUUGUGAAGUCCGAUGUUGGCGCAAGUAGCUGGUGUCCCGUCCAGAAGUAUCCAUUCACCAAUUUCACCGUCUUUGAGUGGCCUCGAUAUCUCGGAUGUUUCUCCUUGGCCAUCUGGACCUUUGGGAUAGUAAUACCGCCCGCGGAUGAUGUCGUUGAUCUGGUAUGCUUUCCCUAUCCAGGAUUUCUGGCUGCUAGGGACGACCACCUUCACGUCCCAUCCAAGAUCCUGCACCAGAUGUCGAUACAGCCCGAAAACAUAUGGUGAAUGCGGCCCGGGUGGACCAUCGUCAUUGGUGAGGAUAACACGAGGCGUCUUGGAGGGCAUGG